AUGAUGCUCGUUCGCAGCGGCAAAGUUAGAGGGAAGCUGGAGGCCACGCUCCUCGGUCGCGCGCGCUCGACCUGGAUGCCUCUCGCACCGCAGCUGGGCCUGCUCCUGCUGUCUAGCUGCGAGCCCGGCGAUGACGGCGCUGCCUCGACGCCAGACUGGCUGAGAGGGCAACAGCUCGCCGGUGGCGGGCCAACGGUCCGAUGGAAAUGCUACGUCGGCCUCGACCGGCUCGGACAAUCUCUAUGGCGGAAGACAGCGGCACUGCUGCAGUCCCUCUCGGACGAGUUCCCGCAGCGGGAGUUCUACCUCAAGAUGGACUCCGACGCGAUGAUGUUCCCGCGGCCCCUUCUCCGCUUUUUCGAGUACCUCCGCUCCAACAGCCCGCCCGACGCGCCGCUCUACUUUGGCAACAACCGCAUCUCGCAGCGCGCAAAGUUUUGCAGCGCGCCGCACUGCCUCCUCCGCUCACCCGCGUGGCUGGAGUUGACUCGCAACGAGAGCUCCGUUAUCGACCAGGCCGCCGCCACCGCGCGUCAACACGAGGCACCGUCGUAUGCGCAGGGCGGCUUCUACGGCUUCAACCGGGUUGCGCUUUCGGCGCUCACACGCGGCCGCUGCCUCGAGGGCGUGGCUGCCGCGGUGGCCGCGUACAAGCCGGGCCUCCACCUCUUCGAGGACGAGGCGGUCGGGCUCUGCAUGCACCUGAGGCGGGUGCCGCUGCUCACGUGCAGCUGCUUCUAUGACUGGGGCCCCUGUGACAUCCGCCAGCCGAGCAGCUGCCGUGCCGACACGAACAAGACGCAGAUCUGCCGACUACCGCUCUCGGUGCACAAGCUCAAGGAGGUCUCGUGGUACGACGGCUGGUGGAGCUUCAUCGAUGGCCGCGAGCAGGCGGCGCUCGCGGCUCUCGACCACUGGCAGGCGCACACAGCGAUGCAGCACGGCGGCGCUGAGGAAAACAUGCGGCGGCGGCAGCGGCGGCGCUCCGGCGGGCACGGGCUGAGAGUGCUUCGCGAGGAGGGCUCGCGGGCGGCGGAGACCGCGCGCCUGCGACUGCACCCGCAUGUGCGCCUGAGAGGGAGCGAUUCCGAUCGCAGCCACGCCGCCAGUAGCCAAGAAGGCUUCGCUCUCAUUGGCGAAACGCGCUCGUGCGCGGCGCGUGUGGCCGCCCAGCUGACUCCGGACUUGUCCCCGGCGCUGCCUCUUGCGGACUUGGGGCCAACGCGCAGCGGGCUGUACGUCCGGCCGCGCACAUCGGACCACCAAGUGGUAGCACAGGUGGCGCACGAGUACCCCUCCCUGGUCAAGGCGGUGCUGCAGAGCGGUUUGCCCGUGCGCGCGGUCCUGGACGCGGGCGCCAAUGCGGGCUACUCGACGCAGGCGUUGGCCACCGGGCUGCCCGGCUCGUACGUCGUGGCGCUCGAGCCCGAGGCCGACAACUAUGCGAUGCUGCGCCUCAACACGCGCGGCUUGCCGAACACGCUGCCACUGCGCGCGGCGCUGUGGGCGCCAGGAGCGACGCACGUGCAGCUCUACAACGGCACAAACACCCACACGGCGCGACAGUGGCAGUUCCGGACGUUGCCGCUCGCGGCCGAGGCCGACACAGUGGGCGGCGGAUCGUGGGCGGCCAGACGGGGGCAGCAGUGUGCGGGCGGGUGUGCGGCCGGCGCAGCCGUGCCUUCGGUGCCGGUGCCCACGCUCCUCGCACAGCUAUGCUUGCCCAGGUUCGACCUGGUCAAGAUGGACGUCGAGGGCGCGGAGGGCACCAUCUUCGCCGCAGGCGGGGGCGAGCUGCAGUGGCUGAACGGCGUCAGGUUCCUGUACUUCGAGGCCCACGAAGGGAUGGCGCCCGGCUCCGAGGCCCGCACGCUGGCCGCGCUGCUCUCGCACAACAUGACCGUCCUCGCGGCGCCCGACGAACGCGUGUCGGACCACAUCUACUUUGCGUGCGGGCGGAGGUCCGUCGCCGACGCGCUCUGCACUGCCACGUGCAUGCAGUGGAGGGCCUCGUCGAGGGCGCUGCAGGGGAUGUGCGCGGCUGUGACGGAUGCCGCCACCGCGGGCGCAACCUACUCGAGCGUGUGGAGACGCAGGGUCGGCAGGCGACGCGCCCAGGGAGAACGAAUCGGUGAGUGA